UUGUAUAGUAAUAUUUAUAUAGAAUAGCCAACGAUUGCAGAUAAAAACAGGAACACAAAUUUUCACGUUAACCGUAACAGACCAACUACGAUGACAGACUCAGACACAAAAACCUUAUCAUUAGCACUGUAUCUUUACAUGUGUCAGAACAUAGUUGGAACAGAGAAUCAUGUAAAAACAAUGAGACUGAUCAAUACUGUCAGGGAUAAUUUUACAAGCGGCAAAGAGUUUAUUAUUAUCACAAGUGGAAGUUUUGGAGAAGGCCUUGAGAUGAGAGGAAGUGAUUUGGAUAUAAUGUAUUUAGAGAAAGUUUUGAAAGUUUAUGAAAAAAUUAAAACUUACAAUUCAGAUGAUGUAUAUUUAACAAUGGAAACCGAUGAUGUAAAGGUUAAAAUCACUCAGUUGCAAAUAGAACACAUGGAUCCUCUAUUUCUAUCUAUAUUAUGUGAAGAACGUAAUGGAAAACAUUAUUUCUCGAGCGCAUUAUUUAAACAAGAGACUUUGCGUAAAACAAGUGGUGUACUUCAUGGACCAUGUUUAUCAAACAAAACUGGAACGUAUGACCAAGCCUUAUGCUUACAUUGUACAACAUGGAUAUCACAAGCAUCACAGUGGAUAACAAGAUCAAGUAACGCAUGGCCAAGUUAUAACGUCAAACAAAGUAUUUUAAAACACGGAGUACUUUUUGUACCAAUCGGAGUUAAGGGAUCACCAAAAGAGGAUAUAGAAUGGCGAAUUUCAUUUUCUGUUGGAGAAAAAUUUCUAAUAAAUACUUUUACACACACUCAAUUAAUAUGCUAUGCCCUCCUGAAAAUUCUUUUGAAAGAUGUAUUAGAAACCUACACCGAAUGUAGAGAACUACUCUGUUCAUAUUUCUUGAAAACAAUUAUUUUCUGGAUAUCAGAAGAAUUACCCCAAUCAAUAUGGAAGCCUAAAAAUCUUAUAAAUUGUUUCAUGCGAUGUUUUAGCAGACUGAUAUAUAAUGUUGAAUAUUCAGUUUGUUUACAUUACUUCAUACAAGAAAACAACAUGUUUGAAAACAAAAUAGAAGGACGCGCUCGUGAAAUACUGUUAGAGAAACUUUAUAACCUGCAUAGUUACGGAUAGCGAUGCAUAUUAUUUUCGGAUCAAAUAUCCAACUUUCAUGUAUCAAUAUAUAAUAUUAACAUAGAACCACAUUUGUUGCAAAAACCACUGAAUUCAAAAUCAUUAUAUAUGUUAAACAGUACAAUAUAUCGUAUAGCAUUGAAAUGGAAUGCAUACAAAACAGGAAUACAUCAGAUAGUUUCCUGUGACAAAUCCUUAAACAAAUAUAUAUGCGUAUACUAUAUGUCAAUGAUGUCUGCCUCAUUUGUGUGGUCUAUAUCACUAGACAGUACAAAAAGUAAUAAUAAACACCAAUACAAACAGUACAAAUCUUGUCUCUGUACUUUGCUACAGAAUGUUCAUCAUGACGCUGUUUCUGGUUGGCUGAUGUUAGCAUCGUUUUUCUAUAAGUAUAAACAAUAUAGUAAUGCGUUACACAUUAUCGAUUAUUCUAUAUCGAAAGUUACUCCCGAAAAAAUACAUCGCUUCAUGGAUAUGUCGGAUAUGCAUGUCCAAUUGUCCGAUUUGCAAGUAUUCCAAAGAAAAAGUAUUGUACAAAUGUGGAAAAUAUUACUUGUAGAUUUUAUGAUAUUUACAAGAAAUUCUAGGCUAAUACCAUAUGAACUACAAAUGGAAGUAGAAAAUGGACAAUAUCACAUUUCCUCUAUAGUUUAUGCUUAUUUUCUAAACUUGGUAUGUCAUUAUCAUCUCAAUAAUAUCAGACAAUGUCACGAUU